AUUUUUGCUUUGCUCACAGAGUUGCUAUUUUGAUAGGUGCGGCAAACAAAAAGCUGACUGCUAUGAAACUCGAUGAUAAUUAUGUGCUAAAUAAUACCAGACUCACUGCCGCGUUUUAUUUUGUUUGUGAGUUGAAAUUUGUAUAGAUUGUAUUAAAAGUAAAAUGCCAGCAGAACCUGAAACAGUUGUGGCGGACAAACGCAACAAUUUGCCAUGGAUUGAGAAAUAUCGACCCGUGAAAUUUGAGGAAAUUGUUGGCAAUGAAGACACCGUUGCCCGCCUGUCGGUUUUUUCAACCCAAGGAAAUUCACCCAACAUUAUCAUAGCCGGACCACCUGGCGUGGGCAAGACAACAACGAUACAGUGCCUGGCACGCAUUCUGCUCGGCGACAGCUAUAAAGAUGCCGUGCUCGAGUUGAAUGCAUCCAACGAACGUGGAAUUGAUGUCGUUAGGAAUAAGAUAAAAAUGUUCGCACAGCAAAAGGUGACAUUGCCACGCGGACGCCAUAAGAUUGUUAUACUGGAUGAGGCGGACAGCAUGACGGAGGGGGCACAGCAAUCAUUGCGACGCACCAUGGAAAUCUAUUCGAAUACGACGCGUUUUGCGCUCGCCUGCAACACCAGCGAAAAGAUUAUAGAACCCAUCCAAUCCCGUUGUGCCAUGCUGCGAUUCACAAAACUCUCCGAUGCCCAGGUGCUGGCCAAACUGAUUGAGGUGUGCCAGCUGGAGAAGCUCAAGUACGAUGAGGAUGGCCUGGAGGCGAUUGUGUUCACCGCCCAAGGUGAUAUGCGUCAGGGUCUCAAUAAUCUACAGUCGACGGCACAAGGAUUUGGCGACAUAACGGGCACAAACGUAUUUAAGGUCUGUGAUGAGCCGCAUCCGAUGCUGUUGCAGGAUAUGUUGCAGCAUUGUGCAGCCAACGAUAUACACAAGGCGUACAAGAUAUUGGCAAAGCUGUGGCGCUUGGGUUAUGCACCCGAGGACAUCAUUGGCAACAUAUUUCGUGUCUGCAAACGUUUGAAUGUGGAUGAGCAAUUGAAAUUGAAUUUUAUACGAGAGAUUGGCAUUACGCACAUGAAGAUUGUCGAUGGUUGCAACUCCCUGUUGCAACUGACCAGCUUGCUGGCGCGUCUGUGCAUCGUGGCUGAGUCGAAUUAGCCAUCAUAUUUUCCAAAAAGUAACCUUUUUAAUUUUAAGCCUCAACUUGUUGAAUAAACACAAAACUUGAA